AUGAGCGCGCUACGGACGACCAACCCGACGAUGGCGGCCUACGAUGCCGCUCUAGACCUGCUGCGCGAGUCGACGGCCUACGCCUACCAGAGCACGGUUGCAUGGCACCUGCAGCCGCAGCUGGCCAUCGACGGCGUCGACGGGUGCCUGUCCUGGCCGAUGGCCAUGCACCAAGAACAGCAGCUCUGGACGCGCCACGCCCACUACUGCAUUCUUCCGACGUCCAAGGUUCGCAUCAUCAACGAAGAUGCGUGGGCGACGCUCGUGCGAACGAGCCUUUUGCCCGACAUCCAGAAGUCGCUGCGCGUCACCGACACGGGCGUCGUCGCCGUCUUUUCGCAUCUGUGCAUCGACACGCAUGGCUCGUCAGCGUGCCUCAAGCCGCGACCGGACAUUGCCAACGUGUUUGGGAUGCUCCUGGUGUCGCUGCCGUCCUCCGUCAAUGGCGGCGCGAUCGCGAUGGCGUAUGGCGGCGGCUUGACGAUGCAGCGUCCGUCUCAAAAGACAGUGCAAGUGCUCGCGACGCGCCUCGAUGCAACCAUCACAUCGUCGCCGAUCCGAGCUGGCCGUCGCGUCGCGCUCGUGUACGCCUUGGUGGCGACGGACGUUGAUGCACGCGUCAUUCCGCCGCUGCCAGCACACGACGACGCUGUCGCCGCUUUUGCAGCGAUCGCCGCGCACCCGCCAUCGGCGCUGCAACGCCUAGGGACUGCUACAGAGGAUUCGGAGCGCCUCGGGCUGAGUGCUCGGGAGCUUCUUUGCGGCAUUCUCGCAACGUUUCUCGGCACUGGACCGUCGUCCCAUGCCACCAUGACAGCACGCGGCAUGCACGCAAUGACGAACCUCUUGCUACAGCGCCGUCAUCUCGACCUCGCAGCGAUUUUCCUUUCCAACGCUGUCUCGAUUGCGCGCACGAUCUCGAUCCAGGACAUGGCGACUUGUGUCCAUGCGUGUCUCGGAUCGUACGGCUGGUCACCGCUCUUUUCAACCGUCCAGAGCCUUCUACGUCGAUGGCUACGUGUGCGCCCGAUGCGUGAUAGUACUCGUCUUCUUCUGAGCCUCGCGGGUGCCACGAAUGGCGACGACGCCGUGUGCCGUCCGCUACAGCAGCCGUAUGUGUGCGAGUUCAUAAAAAUGAGCUGGGAUCGGAUCGUACCAUCGGUCCUGACUUUGGACCGAGGAUCGUACCCCGCCGAGCACUGGAUUCUACUCGACUGGUACCUUGACGAGAUUGCGCCGCCGCUCGCGUAUGGCAACUGGCUCGGCACCCGCCUACCGCCUGCGCUCACGCUCAUCGUCGACAGCUACCUUUACAAGCGUCCGUUCGGCUCGGUGCUCUCGGGUGUGCACACGUCGGCGUCGUGGCUGCUCCAGCAUGUACCACAAGGCCUUGUCCGAGCCAUUGCACGCCAACCAACACUGCCUCGGCGGCGGUACCUGGAUGUUUUGUCGGUCGCGAUCAACGAGAUUCGAAGCACGUCCGACGAUGUCCAUCACUCGAUCUCGUCGACCAAAGUGGGUGCCAUUAUAGACGCGAUGGAGUCCUUGGGCCAAUGCACCCCAUGCCUACUGGACGCGUGUCGUAAGCUCAGUUCCAACCGCAGCAUCGUCGCCGGUAUCUUGCAGUUUCUCAAGCACCCAACGUCGCCGGUCGCACCGUCGGCCCAAUCGCUGGUCGCCGAGUCUGUCGUGUCGAUUGCAGCAUCGUUCUUCAACAGGAGUGGCGCCCAGCGCACGGCGCGAGACAGCAAAGCCAUCGUCGAUGGUAUCGAAGUGCUCACGUUGGCGGCACCGAGCAAAGUGCCAUCGUUCCUCACAGGGUGGCUCGCGGCGCAGUCCUCGACACUGGACGCGACACGCUCUGUGCUCUAUCCUGUGGUCGAGCUGCUGCGCACGCGAUUCCAAGACCGAGACCUCGACCUUGUGGCGCAGCUAGCGACAGCGUGUCUGACACGGUUUCUUGACGGUAAUGCGCUCGCGCCGGUGCCCGACUUUGGCAACGACUUUGUCGUGGCCGACGUGGCUGUGGACGCGAGGCAUUGCGAGCAGUGCAGUCGGCUCGCCCGCUUCCUGCAAGACGGACUGUGCACCGAAUACGACUAUGAAGCGCACAGCAUUUGCGAGCGAGUGGAAGCGGUCGUGGAUGACCACGCUGCACAGCUUGCGCUGGAGCUGGACGAGCGGGACGGAGACGUGUACGGCGACCCCUACGACGACUUUGACGACUUUGACGACGGCCUCUUUGGUGGCGGCUUUAUGGGCGGCUACGCACUGGCCGAUCACUAUGUCGUGCGCAAGCUCGCGCAACCGGGUCGUGCGACGGUCGAUGAUCUCGAUGAAUAUCUUCAGCGCAUCAAGCAGCUCAAGGACGACGCCAAGCGCAUUGCAAUGCUUGACGACAUUCUCGCGAUCCAUGCGGCAGCCAUUGAUGAGGACGAACCGUCACCCAAGCACCCGCGGCUUGGCACAUCGUAG